AGGAGUUCCGGGGAACGCGGCCUCCGCGCUUCCGGUAUCUUGAUCUUCCAGGGCUAAGUGCCGCUGCUCGGCGCUGGAGUCGCCGUGCCGCCGCCGGGAUCAUGGUGUUCUACUUCACUAGCAGCAGCGUUAACUCAUCUGCUUACACUAUUUACAUGGGAAAGGAUAAAUAUGAAAAUGAAGAUCUGAUAAAGUAUGGCUGGCCUGAAGAUAUCUGGUUUCAUGUGGACAAACUCUCUUCGGCUCAUGUAUACCUUCGAUUACAUAAGGGGGAGAAAAUAGAAGACAUUCCAAAGGAAGUACUGAUGGACUGUGCCCAUCUUGUGAAGGCCAAUAGCAUUCAAGGCUGCAAGAUGAACAACGUCAAUGUGGUUUAUACCCCGUGGUCUAACCUGAAGAAAACGGCCGACAUGGAUGUGGGACAGAUAGGCUUUCACAGGCAGAAGGACGUGAAAAUUGUGACAGUAGAGAAGAAAGUGAAUGAGAUCCUGAACCGAUUGGAAAAGACCAAAAUGGAGCGGUUCCCAGACCUAGAGGCAGAGAAAGAAUGCAGAGACCGCGAAGAGAGGAAUGAGAAGAAAGCCCAGAUUCAGGAAAUGAAAAGGAAAGAAAAGGAAGAGAUGAAAAAGAAGAGGGAGAUGGACGAACUUAGGAGCUAUUCAUCACUAAUGAAAGUUGAGAAUAUGUCUUCAAAUCAGGCAUAUAGGAAGAAGGAGGUUCUCGGCUACCUGAGAUGAUGCCCUUUGAGCAGUCAGUUUUGCCCUUUAGCAGGAAGAAGAGAGCAAAUUACAGUAAAGGGAAGAUGGCCCAAGAAUUCCAGGAAGAGAACUGAAGAACUCAGAGCCUGAGGGCCGUGAUCUUUGAGCCCUAGAAUUUGAAGUCUAUGACUCAUUCCCCGCCCCCCUAGAGUUCCUAGGGGUCUGCCUGAGACCCUGACCCUGGAAUGAGGUGCAAAACAUGUAGACUUGCUGGAAUGGCAUCACUGAUGAAUGUCGUAUCUCUGGGCCAGCGUUCUGUUUAUAGAGUCACCCCUUCUGUGACAGUGCCUAUUCUAAUGUUACCCAGUAUGUUGGCAGGAGGUAUCAGGAUAGAAGGAGCCACAGAAACAGUCAGGCUUUGCUCCCAGCUAUAAAAAGCAUGUUUGACUUCUUAAAUGUUUAUUAGAGGAUGCUGGGUUCUGUUUGUCACUAGUCAAGGCAAUACCUGCGCCCUUUUGGUUUUAACUGCCUUAGCUACUAGAAUCCUGGGGUUUAAGGUUUUGAGUAAAUCAACCUAUCUGGGGAAUGUAGGUUAAAACCAGACUUUUCAUAUAGAAAAAUGUAGAGAUCCGUGUAUAUUCUUGGUGGACUCAGGAGUCCACUGAAAAUACAAAUAGCUAUCUAACGCCAUGUGUUAACCAUGGCUUACCAUUAGAAUAUACGUACCUCCAUUUUCUCACAACUGAUUGCUUUGUUUUGUCUUGCCAAUUUCAUGGUGUCAAUUACUGGAGGAACUCCAAGCUCUCCACCUCAGUGGUUAUGACUGCAGUUCUGUACUGUGCCAGAUGAAAUAAGAAACAGGUCUCUGUGUUGGCACGCGCCAGUGGGCUCUGACUAGGCGUUUUCUGCUUUUGUUGACAGCCAAGGAACAGAGGCCAGGGGAAGUGAACGCUCACCCUAGAAUCCCAUGUAGCUUUUGCUAGUACCCAACCCUGGUGAGUGGGUGUCAGUGUUUAAGGCUAAAAAAAAAGUAAGGAAUUCUCCAAAGUCAGUAUUGUUUUUCAAUCCCACAUCAACCCCAUCCUGUAACCACUGCAUUAAAAAUAUAAGAUGAGUGGCCUGACGUUUCACAUCCUGCCUAGGUGAAGGCUUGGCUGCCUGCGUUCUUGCUGGCAUUUUGGUUUCUGCCUCAGCACUUUGCCUUGUAGAGAGAAGGUCAACAUUUGCUUAUGAUUUCUGGGAUAUGCUUAUGAGAAUGGGAUUUUCCAGGUGUUGAGGGCUGUUCUGUGGAACUUGAACCGUUUUAGCUCUUAGUCAGAUUCAGGGUCAACAGGUUAAAUUUGCAGACUGAGAAAUGUCAAGAGAAAAAUACAGUUCGAGCAAUGGCCUUUUAUCCGUCUCAGCCUUGCCAGAAUUAUCUUCAGUUGUGGAGCACCUCGCUUCGUUAUAUUAAUCCCUUCAAAACUCUGAAAUUUUUGUUCUUUGGUUAACGUACUCUGCACCCAGUGAGGCUUACAUAACUUAUUUCCAAACUAGAAUUGCUUUAAGAAGAGUCUUAGGAAAAGGAUGGAAGGUCUGAAAUAGUCAAGGCUUAAAUUUAGUCACAGGAAAAGCUGUACUAGUGCCUACGGUUGGAAAAUGUUUCCUUUUUCAAUAAGAAGGGAGAGGGCAACCUGUGUUCCUGCCCGCCUCCCGCCCCUCGGCGAGGCCCUUCGAGGUCCUGCUCCUGCUGUGGCGGAAAGCGUUCCGCUGCCAUGUUUAAGUCCAGUGAUCGUUUAGGGCUUUAUUGUCGUUAAGACCUUCGUGAACAGGACAAUACACUGAUUACCAGGACUCUUUCUCCCUCACAUCUGUCCAGACAACUGCUCGUAUAUCAGGGAUUAAAGAGGAUAAGGAAACACACAACCCUUCCCUCACUUCAGCAUGUCGACUCCUCCCUCCAAGCACCACUGAACUCCGCUGGAUCUCUGGGGAUUCUGAGUUGGGAAGAAUGUUUAAAAUAUUUCCCUUUAUGUGAUUAGAAAUUCAGAAUUUAAAAGGUAGAAAAGGGCACAGGUAUUUUAGGGCAGUGAAACUACUCUGGAUGAUACUCUGAUGGUGGAUACAUGUCAUUAUACGUUUGUCCAAACUCAUAGAAUGUCCAACACCUAGUGAACCCAGCUGCGAACUGUGGACUCUGGGUGAUAAUGACGCGUCAUGUAGGUUCAUCAGCUGUAAUGGACGUACCGUUCGUGAGGGUGUUGAUGGGG